GGCAUUCAUGGCACUUACUUUAUUCCAUCUUUCUUUUAUUCAUGGUACAGAAUCUUCUGUGUUUUUGCAUGGAAUCCAACACACUGUCAAAAGGUGAAUCCCUCUCUGGAGACCAGACUCUAGUGUCUGAGGAUGGCACAUUUGAACUGGGAUUUUUCUCACCUGGAAACUCUCCCACCAUCUAUCUUGCCAUAUGGUACAAGAAUCGGGUGAAUCAAACCCAACGAACCUCGGUUUGGGUGGCAAAUAGGCAGAAACCAGCUGACAAAUCCAAGGGUGAUCCAAGUCUUAAAAUUUCUCAUUCUGGAAAAUUACGAGUACUGAUGAAUCUUGAAGUGAUAUGGUCAUCAGAAAAUGAGGCGAUGGAUGCAGGUGUUUUGCUCGAAGCAGUCCUUCUCAACACUGGGAAUCUUGUGCUGAGAGAGAGGUCAAAUCCGGAGAAUAUAAUCUGGCAAAGCUUCGAUGAUCCCACAGAUACAUGGCUCCCAGGUGCAAAACUGGGAUACAAUAAGCUCACAGGCAAGUCCCUGCAGAAACUUACUGCUUGGAGAAAUGGUGAAGAUCCUAGCCCUGGGCUGUUUUCAGUUGUGGCAGAAGAGCAGCAAUUGUUUCUCAAGUGGAACAUGUCUAAGGAGUACCAGGAAAGUGGACAACUUCAUGGAGGAACAUUUAGCCAUUUUCCUGAACUGGGGUACACUUUGAGUUUCAGUUCUGACACAAAUGAGAACCAAACAUAUUUCAGCUACUCUGUUCACAAGCAGGAUGUACUGUCAAGACUGGUGAUUGAUUCUUCUGGAGAGCUCAAGCAGUUUAUGUCUCAAAGGGCCAACUACAAUUGGACUGAAGUUUUCACACUGCCAAGAAAAAAGUCUGAAAUUUAUGGUUUGUGUGGUGGAUUUGGCAUCUACGACAACGAGAGUGUUUCUUCCCCGUGCAGAUGUUUCCAAGGUUUUGAGCCAUUGAACAGUACUAAUGACAACACCCCAGCAGGUUGCAAGAGGAAAUCCCAGCUACAAUGCGAAAAACCCGAAAAUUAUGGUUUUCAAGAGAUUUUGGAUGUGAAAUGGCCUGAUAGUUCAGAAACUCAUCUUGGUCAGAGUAGAAACUGGUGCAAAUCAGAAUGCCAAAGUAUUUGCUCCUGUUCAGCUUUUGCCUACAAUGAUAACACAUGCUACUUGUGGCAUGGAGAUUUGCUGAAUGCAAAACUUGAACACAAAAAUGCACCAGAACUGAACCUGAAACUCUCCUCUUCUAAGAUUCAAGAAGCUUCACCAGGAGGGAAGAAAAGAGUGGAAGUGGGCAUAGCAGUGGUGGUGGCAUCAGCAGCAGUGCUCCUAUUAGCUUCUGUAAUAUUCUACCUCUGCAUUUGUUGCAGACAGAAAGAGAAAAAGCAAUCAAGUGAAGAUCUAUUGUCAUUCGAUUUUGAUUGGGGUGUUUCUGCAAUGGAUCAUCAAACAAACGGUGUAAAUAAAAUGGCAAAACAAUCAAAGGAUUAUGAUUUACCCUCAUUCAGUUAUGCAAGCGUUUCUGUCUCAACAAACAACUUUUCAGCAGAAAACAAACUUGGAGAAGGCGGGUUUGGACCUGUCUACAAGGGUAAGACAUUUCAGGGACAGGAAAUAGCUGUGAAGCGGCUUUCGAGAGGAUCUAGACAAGGGCUUCGAGAAUUUAGGAAUGAAAUUGCACUAACUGCAAAACUUCAGCAUAGAAAUCUUGUCAGGCUCCUUGGCUGUUGCACUGAACAGGAUGAACGCAUACUGGUCUAUGAAUACUUGCAGAACAAAAGUUUAGACUAUUUCCUAUUUGAUCCAAAGAGAAAAGAGGAGUUACAAUGGGAAACACGCGUUCGUAUCAUCGAAGGGAUCGUUCAAGGACUUGUUUAUCUACACGAAUAUUCAAGAUUACGUAUCAUUCAUAGAGACCUAAAAGCUAGUAAUAUUCUUCUAGACGAUGAAAUGAAUCCCAAAAUAUCAGAUUUUGGCAUGGCUCGAACUUUUGCUGGCAACAACUCAGAAUCAAGCACUAACCGUAUUGCUGGAACUUUCGGAUAUAUGGCUCCUGAAUAUUUAGUGGGAGGACUUUUCUCAGUCAAAUCAGAUGUAUUUAGUCUCGGAGUUCUAAUACUGGAGAUAAUAAGUGGAAAGAAGAAUGGCGGAUUCAACCAGAGUAGCUCCUUCAACCUUCCUGAAUAUGCAUGGGAGCUAUGGACUUCAAACCGAGCACUUGAAUUGAAGGACACAUCAGUAGGAUGUAGCUCAGCUUCUGAAUUGAUGCUAAGAUACAUUAACAUCGGACUCCUGUGCGUGCAACAGAAUCCAAACGACCGACCAACUAUGUUAAACAUAGUAUCAAUGCUAAGCAAUGAAGCCGCAGCUCUUCCACAACCGAAACGACCUGCCUUUUCUACCCACUCCUCACCACCAAACAAAGCCACUGAAUCCUCAAACAGUGCUGAAAGUUUCUCCAUUAAUGGCCUCUCAAUUUCAGUACUGCUACCUAGAUAGUAACAGCCACAUUCUUUAUACUCCGUAUUAUAUUAGUCCCGUAUAUUUGUGUACAUGACUUUGUGAUCUGGCACAAAAUGGCUCAAUAUUGCAUUGUAAGUUAGUAGUAUUCAAAAAAAAAAAAGAGUGGAGUAAAUAUUU